UUCGGAUUUUAAAAAACAAAAAAAAUAAGAGCUUUUUCAUUUGUUUUUUUUUCCCUUUCUCUUUGGUAUAACCCUAAAAGGUCUUCUAAUUGUUAGUUGUGAGAAGAAGAGAGGAAAAGUGAGAGAGAGGAAGGAAAACAAGAGGCCAUAGGUUUGCAACCAGCAAGGAUGAAGAGCAUCAAGGAGACCACAAAUCACAUUGGGGAGGCCAUAGGCUUGCAUUGAGAGCAUCAAGGAGUCCAAAGCAAGACUUCUCAACUCAUUUGAAAGAGCAGCCUUCACGUUUAAAAAACAUUCAUUUUUCACAAUGCCUAAAAAGGAUGAGGCUUGGAAAUAUACUGAAGACUUUAUUGGCAGACAAAAAAAUCAAACAAAAUGUUUUUUUUGUAAAGAAAUUAAUUUUGGUGGCAUCAAUAGAUUUAAAUACCAUAUUGCCGGCAUACCUGGCCAUGAUAUUGAGGUAUGCAAAUUACAAACUCCUGAGGCAAAACGUUUCUGUUAUGUCCAAUUAGAAACACAUGAACAAGAAAAGUUAACUAAGAAGAGGCAAUUGGAAGAGUUAAGUGCUAUUGGCUCCCAUGCACCCACAUCCGCAUCUGCAUCCGCAUCCGCAUCCGCAUCCACAUCCGUAGGCUGUGUUGGAGAGGGUUCUUCCAUGCCUCCCUUUCACCCUAGUGCUUCUGCUAGUGCUAGUGCUUCUACUUCUACUCCUCCUGGUGGCACUAUUACCUUUGGCCCUAGAGUUCGGAAAUCCAGGUUGGAUAGUUAUUUUGUGCCGCGUAGUACUCCUGGGGCACAACCCUCGCUUGAGGGCAUGGGUUGGAACAAGGAGGUUCAUGAUGCUGCAAGAAAACAAAUUUGCAAGUUUUGGUACUUUUGCAACAUUCCAUUUAUUGCAGCCAGGUAAUUCUUUUUGAUUUGAUUGCUUUAAGUUUAAAAGUAAAUUUAUAGUUUGAAGUUGAACUCUACUUUGUCUAAUCAUAAUCUAUU